AUGAGCGCACCAUCAUGGACAAAGGGAUCAGAGAGUGCGACAAUGGGUGGUGGUGCUGAUGCCAUGGGAGGAAAGGCGGGACAGCCGGUUAUGAGUUGUAAGAGUUGUCGCAAACGGAAGAUCAAAUGUAAUAGGGUGUUACCGUCAUGCGCUAAUUGUAUCGAGUUCAAGAUGGAGUGUGUCUACGAUGCUGUACCCAAGAAACGAGGGCCAAAGACGGAGAUCAUGGAGCAAUUGCUCAAGAGGUUUGAGAGGGUGGAGCAACUGAUGGGAGGGGGUGCAGUUCAUUCUGGUGGUGAAUCAAGCACAACAGGGGCAGGGGAUGUGAAGGCGACCGGUGGAAGCAAAGGGAUCAGCGAGGUUAACGAGAAACUGAAGCAGUUGACAACGAGCUUGGAGCAGAGGCAGAUUGCACAGCCCAGACGACCAAUACUGCAGUCAACACCUUCAACGCAAUCGGCGCCCUCCCCUCUCGCCGUUGUCGAUCUGGAUCAGCAAACGGAGCAGUACCUCGUCGACGUCUACUUCGCCCACAUCCACGCCAAGCCUUUCGGAUUUCUAUCACCGCACCCACAACGACGGCCACAAGCACUCACCCUGGCAAUAUGUGCCGCAGCAUCACACUUCAUCGCUUCCACCCGACUCCUCCAGCCUCCACACCCCAUCCCCGCCUCACUCACCCUCCUCACCCAAGCCCGCCAAUCACUCGGCAUGGACAUCGACAAUCCAUCCCUCUCAGUAAUCCAGACCCUCCUUGUUUUAUCGCAAACUGCGUAUGGUCUGGGCAUGGGCCCCAAAACCGCAGUAUGGGUCGACAUCGCCGUUCGACACGGUAUCUUCCUCUCCUACCACACCAACCCACCCUCCGACGACGCAACACGGGCAUACUGGACAGGCGUCGUUCUGGAGCGUUUAUUGGGCGUCGAGGGACUCCGGAUGCCCGCGGUGCCGGAUGAUGUUGUACGACACGGACCACCGGAGAUUCAGGGUGUUGAUAGGAGGUUGUGUGAGAUCGUUGGAAUAUUGGGGAUGGGGGUGGCAUACGCACUUGCGGGGGGUGUCAAAGGGGAUUCGCAUUUCCCGUGGCAUGCGCAGUCCAGACUGCACGCUAUCCGUUCGGCACUCGAUGUGUUUCGGGCGAAGUUCGACGAGGAUCUCGUUCUAACGCCUUCUGCGGCCCCGGAACCAGGACCGGUGAGUUAUGAGGGGCAGAUGGUGGGUGAUAUGCAAUACUCCUACAACAUCCCCUUUUCUCUCCCGGCUGCAGUGGCGAGGGCGACGUGGAGCGAGGAUGGGGCACGCGCAAAGUUGGGAAGACCCGAUGGCCCGAGUUGGUUGUUGGUUAGGGUGGUCUGGCAUGUUGUCCAUAUCCUCCUCUACCGGGAUUUCCUACCAUUGGAGGCACCACCAUCCACUGCACAGGGUGGGUUGGGGUACAAUGCGCAACAAGCAUGGCAGGCGGAUGCGGUGACGACUUGUUUGGAGCACGCUGAUCACAUCGUCGAUAUAUGUACUGCGGCGACGGAGGCGGGGACGGUAUGGCCCGCGUUCGUGGGAUAUGCGGUUUUUGUUGCGGGGUUGGUGCACACACACACACUCUACUACCCCGAUAAAGCGAGUGCGGCACAAGGUCAUAUCGUGCGUGAAGUGCAGUGGUUGGAGAAGGUGAGGGAGAGGUGGGCGGGGAUGGGUCAUUUGUGUGAGGUGAUGAGAGCGAUAUACAAGGCGCAUGGACAAUUAGUGCGACAACGGAAGGGUAUGGGGACUGGGUUUGGGUUUAGUGGAUUUUGGGAGAGGUAUGAGGGAGUUGGUGGGGUGGGGUGGGAAAAGGGGAUGGUAUCUAUGACGGAGGUGGGACGUGAGGUCGAGGCGGAUGAGGUUUUCGAUGAGGAUGCUGAGGGGGAGGAGGUGGAGGAUGAAGGGAUGGUUACGCCGAUGCCGGGGAUGCCGGGGUUACAUCGGACGAUGACUGGAUCCUCGGCUGUUUCGAUGUAUUCUAAUACGGGAUCUAUAUAUGGUGGGGAGGAGGGCAGGAGUAUAUCUUCUGCGAGCGGGAACAAACGACGGAGGGCGUCGCAUGAGAGUCAAUACCCAUCGCAGAGCUUGAGCCCCACAGCGGGGUUCGCCAGCAUCACGGUUCCACAGCCCACGAUGAACGAGCGAUUGAUGAACCCCUUUGGAUCAUUUGCGUCGACACCAUCUCCUGAUCUUCCGGUUCCUGAGGGGCAUAUUCCAUCACAGAGUCCGACGGGAUUCUUGCAGAGUUUGUAUGGUGUCGAGGGAUUAGGUGGGACGGAUUUAAAUGGGAUGGAGUUAAUGCACCCCAGUGAGGAUUUUAGUAUUCAGAGUGAAGGUGAGAUGGAGGAGUUGCAGGGGAGGAUGGAUGAGGCGGCGUUGACGGAUGAACAAUUGGGAGCUUGGAUGAGUGGGGAGACGUGGCGGUAA